ACAACACAAAGCCCCAGAAACGAUCAAGUCAAAAGAAAAAAAAAAAAGUGAAGAAAAUAAUAAACAAGGAAAAGAUAGGAUAGAAUGAUUUAUGGUAAAUGUUCUUUCAUUUUUGAUUCUGAAAGAUGCCAUUGCCACCAGGGGAUGAAUAAACCAGGUACAAAGUGAUACUAUCCUCUGCAGGAUUAAAGUGGAUUCUCUGUUAUCUACAUCUGAUCAUCAAGACCAAGAUUCCCAGCAAGUUUUUCUUUGCAAUUUGAAAGAUUAAACCAGCCAAGAAAACAGAGAAAAAAAAAUGCAAACAUUCAAGAAACUCAAGUUUAUACAUUAUCUCCUUUCCAUCCUCAACCUAUGCUUCAUUACUUGUCUAUCCCAUCACAUUUCCACAAGUUUCUGUGGAAAAAUCCCAAUUCAGUCUCCUUUUCUAAGCUCGAAUUCAACUGUUUCAUCGUCACUAUUAAAACACAUGAUUCUGUGCAGCUCUCAAAAACUGUUCUUCAGAACUUCUCUCGGUCUUUUUCCAGUUUCUUCAAUAGAUUAUGCAACUAAAACAAUAACUAUUUCUCAACCUUCUUGCCCAUCAUCACAGCAGUUUGUCUCUCCUUCUCUUCUUUCAGCUGGUUUUCCAACUUCUCCAAUGCUUAAUUCACUUAUUCUCUUCAACUGCUCGAACAAAAACUAUCCUAUAACAUCAUCUUUUAGUAACUGCAAGAACUUCAAGGCUUGUUCAUCCUCUUCUGAUACUCCUCAUCAGGAACUUAAAAUCCCUUAUUCAUGUUUACUGGUUAAUAAUCUUGAUAAACUCGACAAGAGUUUUCAUCCAAAAGACUUGAAUUGUUCACAUUACAGCAGGAUUUAUAGAAGUUCUUUGAAUGAUGAUGAUAACAGCAUUGGAUAUGAGUUAGGGACAAGGAUUUCUUUUGACAUUCCUGAUCAUGUACCAAACAUCUGUGAUGAGUGUGAAAAGCCUAAUGGAAAUUGUGGAGUUGGACUGAAAUGUAUAUGCCACCCUAAAGAGUGCAAAAAUAAGGUAAUUUCUACGGCUGGAUCAAUCAAGCCCUCUGCUAACAUUGUCAUCUUCUCUAUGCUUCCUCUCAUUGUAUUGGUUUUCUUCACUUCAUGUAGCUAAUGAUUUGAGGUACAAAAAAACACUAUGUACAAGUUCCUUGAUAUACUAAUCUGAUGCUAGUCCAGUACGCAAUGUUAAAUGCAACAGAAAUUCAGGAUGAUGA